CCACUGAUAAGGCAGUCUGCCACGCACUGCAACGACGCGUUCCGCGGUAACAAUACACAGACGAGACGCAGUCAACGCAGCGUUGAGUUCAUUGUAUCCACAUGUCUGGCACCGACGAAUCGGGACAGUCCCAGGGGUCCUUCGGAAAUGGUGACGGCAUGCAAGACGACAGCGACACGCAGAAUUGCAACAUCACUCCCAAAGGAACUGAAGGUUGUGUAGGAAGCCAAACGCACGAUCCAAGUCAUGGGGAAACUGCAGAAAGUGACAAUUCCGACAGAGGCAGCGACGGAGAGCAAGAGGAGACACAAGACAAUGGCAAAUCCAGUACACUUCCUCAAGGCUCGCAAGGUGUCCACGGGGGCGAUGAAGUAGAGGAUUAUUGUUCUCGAGGUCCAAGAAGCAAAAGUCCAGCUUCGGGACACGACAUCGAAGUUUUUCGUCUAGCCCAAGAGAUUGUGUGUGAUGACUAUGAUGCUGGCGAUAAUGAACCACGAUAUGUCGUGCACAAACAUGCUGGGAGAGAUUCUGCGUUUGUGGACUCGGAAGACGAAGGGCCAGAAAGUGAAAGCCCUCCGGGUUAUAAUGACAACAGAGAGGUUUCUCUUCGUCUCGUGGACACUGCGGAAGGACGUGUGGUUGUACGCAACAAUGCCUACAGCGGUGGACAUGACGGGCUGUCAGGAACGGGUAUCGAAGGAAGGUCUCCGUUUCGUGACCCCGAAGAUGAUGAAAAAGGGGAUGACGAAUACGGCAGAAGCACGAGGCUAGCUUCAGAUUAUGACGAGGUGGACGAACUUUUCCGCCGUGCCGAGCAACUGUUGGACAGUGACGUAAGAGCAGUCAACAAUUACCACGAUGAUGGUGAACAGCGAAGCGUGUAUGGUAAAGGUGCCAAGAGGAGGUCUGCAUUUUGGGAUUCGGAAGAGGACGGCGAACCAGAAGAGGGAGGGCACUACGGUGGACUGGAGGCAUCAGCGCAGGAUUACGGUUGGUUUACAGAUGCGGUUCAAUAUGAACCCAAGGAAAUGUCAUCUGCGCAAAGGUCACUGCCGCAAGAUACGUCUGUUGAAAGCGAGGAUGCACCAUCCGACAGCCACAUGGUGAAGAAAUCGGAGAAGAGGAUGGCUAAAUCGCUCCGUGACACAGACUCGUCUGAAGAAGACGAAGGGGAAACGCUUGCGUGGCCUCAGAAGCCGCGCAAGUUCUUCGUUCACUUCAAUCCCAGGAAGCGCUUCAUGAGCCGCUAUCUGAGGUCCUAUGGUCUCCGCAGAACGUGUUGUCUUUCCAGGCAUUACUUCGCAAAGUGAGAGCUGCCAGAGGGAUUCCAUGGCACGACCACGUUUUUUUUUUUUUUUCGUUUCCUUACGAAGACUGUUCACAUUUUUCUUGCCGAAAUACACUUCGUGAUAAACAGUU